UUGGCCAGGAGCUCUGGUCUUGACCUUGGUCCCCUCGUAGAGGUCAGAGGUCACGCAGCUGCAUUCCCAGGGAUACCCCCCCGCCGCCGCCUUGGCCAACCCUGAACUUUCUGGGGACUGGCUGGAAAUUGAAAGCGCUUCCCACAGUGCCUAAUUAUGGUGAGGAGACAGCACCGCGCGGCUACCAAAGGCCAGCUAGCAAUUAAAGGGAUUCUAAUGAAGCACUGUCCGAGGCGACAAAGGCAGUUCUGAGAGGGCGUGGCGGACCGAGACCCAAGCAGGAAGAGCCACGAGGUUGAGGGUGCACCGCCGCGGGAGACCACAUCGGACCGCAGCAGAUAAACCAGGCGUCAGGGGUGCGCACGCGCAGCAGAAGUCACGCCGCGUGACCACCGUUUGCCUGCGCCGUCCUCGCCCUGUGCGCAUGCGUGCCGCUUUCCCCGCCCACCACUCUGAAGAACCACGGGUUUCCAGGAUGCGCCUCUCCCCAGAGCAGUCCGGUGUUCGCGCAUGCGCACCACGGUGAUUGCGGGGUUGCACGUUGCCAGCCGCGAGCUCUAGGUGGCGUCAUCCUUCGGGCUGGGGCGAAGCGCGCACGCGCGGAGGGUCUCACGCGGGAAGGGCGGGUGCGCCCCGCGGGCAUGCGCCAGGCAGGGCGAGACGGCGGCUCGGCGGGGUCAUCCGGGCGCAGGCGCAGUGCGGUGUUUGUCUGCCGGACUGACGGGCGGCCGGGCGGUGCGCGGCGGCGGCGGCGGCGGGGAAGAUGGCGGCGUCCUCCCUGGAGCAGAAGCUGUCCCGCCUGGAAGCAAAGCUGAAGCAGGAGAACCGCGAGGCCCGGCGGAGGAUCGACCUCAACCUGGAUAUCAGCCCCCAGCGGCCCAGGCCCAUUAUUGUGAUCACUCUAAGCCCUGCUCCUGCCCCGUCCCAACGAGCAGCCCUGCAGCUUCCACUGGCCAAUGAUGGGGGCAGCCGCUCGCCGUCCUCAGAGAGCUCCCCGCAGCACCCCACGCCCCCCGCCCGGCCCCGCCACAUGCUGGGGCUGCCGCCCACCCUGUUCACCCCACGCAGUAUGGAGAGCAUUGAGAUUGACCAGAAGCUGCAGGAGAUCAUGAAGCAGACGGGCUACCUGACCAUCGGGGGCCAGCGCUACCAGGCGGAAAUCAAUGACCUGGAGAACCUGGGCGAGAUGGGCAGCGGCACCUGCGGCCAGGUGUGGAAGAUGCGCUUCCGGAAGACCGGCCACGUCAUCGCCGUCAAGCAAAUGCGGCGCUCGGGGAACAAGGAGGAGAACAAGCGCAUCCUCAUGGACCUGGACGUCGUGCUCAAGAGCCACGACUGCCCCUACAUCGUGCAGUGCUUCGGCACCUUCAUCACCAACACGGAUGUCUUCAUCGCCAUGGAGCUCAUGGGCACCUGUGCCGAGAAGCUCAAGAAGCGGAUGCAGGGCCCCAUCCCGGAGCGCAUCCUGGGCAAGAUGACGGUGGCGAUCGUGAAGGCGCUGUACUACCUGAAGGAGAAGCACGGCGUGAUCCACCGCGACGUCAAGCCCUCCAACAUCCUGCUGGACGAGCGGGGCCAGAUCAAGCUCUGCGACUUCGGCAUCAGCGGCCGCCUGGUGGACUCCAAGGCCAAAACGCGGAGUGCCGGCUGCGCCGCCUACAUGGCUCCUGAGCGCAUCGACCCCCCGGACCCCACUAAGCCCGACUACGACAUCCGGGCGGACGUGUGGAGCCUGGGCAUCUCCUUGGUGGAGCUGGCCACGGGGCAGUUUCCCUACAAGAACUGCAAGACAGACUUCGAGGUCCUCACCAAAGUCUUGCAGGAGGAGCCCCCACUCCUGCCGGGCCACAUGGGCUUCUCGGGGGACUUCCAGUCCUUCGUCAAAGACUGCCUUACUAAAGACCACAGGAAGAGACCAAAGUAUAAUAAGCUACUUGAACACAGCUUCAUCAAGCGCUACGAGACACUUGAGGUGGACGUGGCGUCCUGGUUCAAGGACGUCAUGGCGAAGACUGAGUCGCCGCGGACUAGCGGAGUCCUGAGCCAGCACCACCUGCCCUUCUUCAGGUAGCCGCGUGGCAGCGGCUAGCCCCCAGGGGCCAGGGGCAUGGCCACCGGCCCCCCUCCCCACCCGGCCACCCAGCUGCCUGCCAGGGGAGACCUGGGACCUGGACGGCCGCGAGGGCUGAGGACAGACAGUGGGGGGCGCUCGCCCACCCCCUCGCUCCCUGCCCACCAGCCGUGGACAGACAGGCCCACCAGCCCCCAACCCCUCCCGCUCCGGGCCGUGCCGUCCGCCGACAGACACUGUGAACGGAAGACAGCAGGCCGCGAGCAGACUCGCUAUUUAUUCAGUCGUAACCUCCGGCUGGGGCCCCGCACCCCCCAGGGCGAGGCACCCCCUCCGCCCCUCCCCACGCACCUGCUCCUCCGCGCCUCCUCCCGCCGCCUCCCUCUCUACCUCUCUGCCCCCAGGACUUCCCGCUGCCUCCCGCCCUGCCUCUGUCCUGGCCCAGGACGGCCCUGUGGGUGUUGUGACUGCAGCCGCCCCCGGGCUGGCUUCUGCCCCCCUUUCUCUCUCUCUCUCUCUCUCUCUCUGUCUCUCUCUGUCUCUCUUUGAUCUCAGGGGGUCCUUUUUGGAGUUUAUUGUAUUUUAUUGUACUUGGUGGGGCGUUUGGGGGAGGGGGAGGAGAGCUUGUCCUCGUGGGGUUUGUGGGUACCUUCAGAAAUUUUACCAAAGUCAGGUUUAGCUGCUUGUGAGGGGCGGCCCAGGGAGCGGGGCUGGGCCACCGUUGCUCCUCAGGCCUGGUCUGGGCCAGACAGGCCCACAGGUGGGCUCCGGGGGCUCCUCCCCCAGGGCUGGAGUUGGGCUGGAGUUGGCCGAGGCUCGGGGUGAGCUGAGCUCAGGAGGUGUGGGGGAGCCGGGAUGCAGGCCGCCCUGGCCGCUCAGGACGGCCUGCAGGAAAGGUGGGCGCAGGGUGUGGUGGGAGUGACAGGGAGGUGCUUGGAGGGACUCAGAGACAGGGGCGGGGGCUGUGGGCUGAAGGAGGGGCCUGGAGGGAGUCAGGAGUUGAGGGCAAAGGGAGUGAAUGUGGGGGUUUGCGCAAGUGAGACAGGUGCGGGCGCCCGGGAGGCCUGGCGGAGGGAUGGGGACCUGCAGUGGCUCCCCGGCAGUAAUGCCCCCACUCACCCCGAGCCACGGUCCCCAGCACACCCUGGAGCUGGUCCCUGGGAGCCGGCUGCACAGGCCAGAGCAGGGGGGUGUCCUUGGUGGUGAUGCAUGUGAAUCAGGCGGGCGAGGAAACAGGAAAACCCCGCGGAACCACAGACAAAACCCAAGCUGCACCAAAGCGAGGAGCCCCGCUGGAUCUGGGGGGAGCAGCUAGGCUCAGGCCCACAGCGGCCCCUUCCCCGACUCCCGUUACGAUAUCCACGAGAUGCUGCAUGUGUACAAUGUAGUAGAUGUCACCGCCUCCCUGCCCCCACCCCGGAGGCAGGGCCACCCUCUCCCAUCCCGGGCCCCUUUGUGAGGGACCCCUGGUGGGGAGCCCACAGGCCUGGCCCUGCCUGCCCGGCUGAGCCCAGCCCCAGGGCCUUUGCUGGUAUCUGGGAGGUCGCUGGGGCUGGGGCAUGGGGACACGGCUCAGGCGAAGGCUGGGCUGCCUGGUUUUAUUUUUAUUUAACUUUAUUUUCUGUUGUGUGUGUGUCUGCCCGGCCCUUCCCCUUCAGUGUUACGUGGGAGCCCUGGGGGAGUCUCUCCUACCUCCCUGCCUCCCCCAAGACCUCCCCCUCGGUCACCAGCCACCCCUCUGGACCAGACAGAGGGCGGACGGGGCAGGCAGGGGCUGGGGUGGUGUGGCCAAGCCCACCGGCCCACAGACCCCCUCUCAGGCCGCCAGUAUUGUCCCGUCCCUUUUUAAAAACGAAAUGCCCUUGUUUGUAAAUCCUUAGAGCUUGAGAAUAAACCACCCCCCCACACCUUUUC